UAUCCAUAAUGGGAUAGAGAUACCAAGAAUUGAGAGCUUGACAUAUCAGACCUUUCCAGAGAAAUAACUAGGAAUCCUGCUUCCCUCUGCAUUCAAAUCCAAGGAUUGCUCACCCCAGACCCCAAGAGAAUGGAUCUUCCAAAGACCUGGAGUAUACCAGCUUGGCCUCCAUUAAGGCCUGUACCACUUGUCUCUCACCCCAUCAUGGAGCCCCUUUUUACUUGUCCUCUCCUCCCCCAUUCCCCAUUCCUCCAAUUUGUUUAUUCCAACAUGGCCUCUGCCCCACUGAGCCCAUCCACAGUUCCUGUCAUCUGACUGGGGGUGGGUAAGGAGACAGGUAUAUAGCCCCUACCCCUCCAGCCAGGCCAGGAACAGAUGCCAAGGACAGAGACGCUGACUAGCUUUGUUUCUGGCCACUUUCCCUACUGUCACCACCAUGAAGCUGCUUGCAAUGACUGUGCUGCUCCUCACCAUCUAUAGACUUGAAGGAGCUUUGGUUCGGAGACAGGCAGAGGAGCCGAGUCUGCAGAGCCUGUUCUCUCAGUACUUCCAGAGCAUCACUGACUAUAGCAAGGACCUGGUAGAGAAGGUCAAGGCCCCGGAGCUUCAGGCCCAAGCCAAGGCUUACUUUGAAAAGUCAAAGGAGGAGCUGACACCUGUGGUCAAGAAGGCUGGAACUGAUCUGGUUAAACUGUUGAGCUAUUUUGUGGACUUUGGAACACAACUUUCCACCCAGUGAGCUGUCCAGACCAUUGUCUUCCAGCCCCAGCUGGCCUCUAGACACCCACUGCCCAGGCCUAGAGCCCCUCCCUCUACCUAAUCCCUGUUUGCUACAAUAAAUGCUGCAGGAGUCAA